UCCAUUUCAUCCAUGCUGAAGCGAAGCCUCACUCAAAGAUUGUGCUCAUCAUCACUGUUAUCAACGUUUACCUGCAUGUCUCGUGAUUAAGUAGUCACAAAGUUUGGUUAAUAAUCAGUUGAAUUUUGCUUUCCACAGACAGGAACUGCAGAAAGUGGCUUUAUUUCUGACUGGUCCAUCUAAAAUUUACACCUUAUCCAGCCCGAACGUUUUCAUCGCACUUGUUCAGUUGCGCUCACAGAUUUUCCCCCGGUGCUUGUUGGUGAUUCAGGUUACUUUGUAAUAGGCGAUAUGGAAAAGAAACUGGCCGAGUUACGAUUAGACAUUGCCGAACUCAAGGCUCUAGAGGCACAAGCAUCAAGGCCAAAAGUCCAAGAAAUCCUAUCGCUCGAAGUUAGGAAACUUGAAACACUCUUGGUUCAAAAAACAGAACAGUCUUCCAUUCCAGUAACUGCUACGAACCAGACGGGGAAAACACCUGUAGUAUCAAACACACCCAGAAGUUAUGAGAUCCAGCUAACAAACUAUGGUUGGGAUCAGUCAGAUAAAUUUGUCAAACUUUUUGUGACUUUACCCAAUGUUCAUCAAAUUCCAGAAACAAAUGUAACUCAUGAAUUCACUGAAAGAUCAGUGGCUUUACAUGUACGGGAACUUGAGAACAAAAACUACUGUUUUAAAGUAGCAAAUCUACUCGAAACUAUUGAUGCACAGAAAAGCUACAUCAAAAUAAAGAAAGAUACUGUGGUGGUUUUCUUAGAGAAGAACCAAAAAGGAAUCAACUGGUCUCACUUAACAUCGAUUGACAAGGCUGCAAAAGAAGCCCGACUACCCAAGAUUGACAAAGAUGACGAGGAUCCUUCGAGUGGAAUGAUGAAAAUGCUACAGUCAAUCUACGAAGAUGGAGAUGAUACUAUGAAGCAGACCAUCGCCAAGGCUUGGACGGAAAGUAGGAAUAAAUCAUUCUAAAUAAGCAACUCUGUUACUGCAUCUUCGUUUGUAUAUUUUUUAAUUUUUUUACUUGAAAAUAAAGCUUGCUCUAUCUUAAGGAGGACAGUACGAUCUCAGGCUUCAUUCUAUUAAAAAGAGUGGGAAUGAGUAAGGAUUAUCUUCAUUUAUAUGCUGAAACAACAGUGUGUUUUUGCAAUUUGCAGCGUUCUUCACUUGACUAAUGAAAAUUUAUGUAUCCUUGAACUUCAAAUUUCUCUCUAAUUGAAAAAGCUAUCUACAAUAAGUAAUUGACUCUCAGAUUGAGAUUCAAUUGAGACGAAAUUCUCUUAAUUCAUUUGAGAUCCUUUCGGGUUGCAUUUUUGCUUUGGAAGUAAAGGGGCAGGAUAAGAAUGUACGUGCCAUGAGUUUGUUGUGUAAUAUUUGAUCUGCUAUCUAAUGUCUGGGUUCUUGGAACACCCAAAAAAAUGCAGUUCGAAAGACUCGAUACUGCAUGACACCUAAACCAAGGAACUAAGGGUUAAAUUUUUGUCAUAUUGAUGUUCUUAAUCUGCUCAUGUAAAUUCCAGCGCCUAAAUUUGAUGAAUAAAAUUACUGAUCCUCCAAA